AUGAUGGGCUCUGGCAGACUCCGAGUGCUGGAUGCUGGUUGUGGCUGUGGCGGUCAGUUGUUGGAGCUGGCGCACCUGGCUGAAGCGCGGCACAGUCCUGCGCUCCUUCGGGGCCUCACCGCGGAGCAGAUCCAGCACCGCUGUGCCGUGAAGCUCCAACCACGCGUCAUAUCGUUUCCUGGAGGUUGCAAGAACGAAGUCGCAGAUGCUGAUCUCAUUGAUUUGCUCAUCUACCAGGGCUUUCCACUGGAGGAUAUAACAUUGGCAGAUGUAGAUUUUGUGAAGGAAGGCCAGUUGUUUGAUCUCAUUUUGUGCUCCUGGACGCUUUUCCAUCUUUGCGAUCCCUUGGGAACUCUUUUGCAGCUUCGGCAGUUCUUGGACCGAGAGGGGGUGAUGCUGGUGAAUGGCGCAUAUCUCCAUUUCGAGCUUCCAAGUCCGCCCCAAAACCCUGAGCCCAUGGACUUGUUUCGACGCUUUUGCGAAGAGCUGAGAAGCUACGGAGUGGAGACCUGUGUGACGGGAGGACCCAUCAGGUGGCUUCAGGGUGAGGGUGAGGAUGGAGACUACGUGGGUGGAUAUGAGAUUAGCAUGCAAUGGCUGGGGAAUGAGAAGAGAGUCUCCGAGAUUGAGAGGAGGGUCUUUGAGAUUUGUGGAUUCUCCAGCCAAGCCGUGCUGGACAAGGUGUGGUGUUUGGCUUCUGGGCCCCAAUACUGCGUGAGCUCUUACGAACUACGACUUUGA